GCAAAAAUCCAGGCCGAUCCCGCGCGGUCCAUCAGUUCGGCUCAGGCGGGUAUUGCCUAGCUUCUGCGACUCGACUGGUCUUGGUGUAUCGUCAGCGAGCCGGCUGGCUCUGUCGCGAUGGCCUCCACGAACGCCUCUCAGCAGCGCAUCCCCAGCCGCCCACCGUCGAGAAGCUCCGUGGUCUCUCGGGCCUCCCGCUUCUCACGGGUGUCGCUGGCCCGCACCUCCGCCAGCAACAGCACCGCCUUCUCCAGGGCAUCUCACAGAUCCACCACCACCAUCUACUCGGCAGCAUCGUCGUCCUCUAUCCCGGUGCAAAAGCAGAAGGGCGUCAACCUGGUCGUCAACGGACCAACCACGGCACACAUCCAGAUCACGCAUCAUACUCCGCCAUCCGUGUGCGGCUCAGGCGAUGGGGGUGAAUCGGGGAUGCUGAUCCAUGGACUGGAUGACGUCCACGUCGAGAGAUCAGACAGCCCACACAGGCCUGCCCCAUCGUUGGAUGCCUAUACGCAGGCCGAGCUUGAAUCCACACGAUCGGAAGCCCAUAAUUCACGAAGGCAAGGCCAGAUACGCCGAUUCGACGAUGGCCUCCGUGAGCGACUGCGACAGCGGGCAGCCAACAAGAAGGAAGCAUAUGGCGAGCUGCUGGAUCACAUCAUAGCACAGUCCCUGAUGCGGCACAAGCGCUGCCAUCUGCACUCGGGCCAGAAGUUGACACGGUCAGCUCUGUCAUUUGACGAUCUCUGUCUCGAAGACCUGCCGGCAGAACGGCAUUACUCACUCGUCCCGGACGAACCGUACCACUUGCAUGAGCGGUACUUCACCAAGGACGACUCGAUGCAUCCAAAGACACCUGCGACCGGGGACGAGCUUGCAAAGAAGCUUCGGCUCUUUUUCCGCAAAGGCGAGCUCGACGAGAUUGUCCGAAAGCAGCAAGGCAAGGUCUAUCUGUCCACCUUGAAGCAGUAUGCCGAUGCAGAGCGACAGCAAUGCGCCGGAAAAUCGCAGAGUCGCUGCAGGGUCCUCCCGCUGUCGGAUUCGGAGCAAUCCGCGGUAACGAGAUCGGCGCGCAAAUCGACAUCCCACAAACAGCCGAAAUACGAGUCGACCGAGACGCAUCGUCAUCCGCCAAGAACCCGAAGCGCUCGUCAACGGACAAGGAGUGCCAGCGAACCUGAGGCAGCCAAGAGCCGUAAGAGUCUGGAGGCACUACAGCCGCCAUACGACCCCGCUCGAUUCGAAGACCCCACGGCAGAGUCAGAUACAGACAGCGCCCUGGGGCUCCACCACGACCCAGAGGCGUCCGAUGGCGAAGAGCACCCUGCGAGCCCAGAUCCCAGCCAGCCCAGCAGCACCCCCGCUGCGGCCACAACCAGGCGCGAAAACGGCAUAUUCAUCACCCGGCGCGAAAGCGAUCCUAUUAUCGUGAGCUGGGGGAAUGCCCUCGAUUCGGACGGCGGCCGCAUCGCCAGCGGCGAAAACGCUGGCUAUAUCCCCGAGCUGUAUGCUGAUCGGCCGGAUCGUCGGGACGGCAGAACAAGGCUGCUGAAGCGCAUCACCACAACCAACACCCGCACAGACCCGAGUUUCUAACUGGACAUGGACGACCGCAUGAAUGGAGGCGAGCUGGUCGAUAGGCAGAGGAAACCUGGGCGCUACUGGGGCAUACAGCAUGCCGAAGGACAUC